AUGUCGCUUUUCUGCUCCGAAACGAGCGGUGACUCCUUCGGAAUGAAGAUCCUCAUGUAUCUUUACAACCAAGACGUUCGACUACGUGAGCGCUAUAACAAGUUCAACCCGGUCGCCCUUGUGCGAGAAGCUGAAAAGCACAUCGGUCACGACCAGGCGAAGUGCCUUACGAAGCUUGCCGAAGGAGGAUUCAAUCGGGUUUUCCUUCUAAGGAUGGAGGAUGGCUUUGAAGCUAUUGUCAAGAUUCCAUAUCACAUCCCUGGACCGAAGCAUUUUGCGACCGCCAGUGAGGCCGCCACUCUCCAUUGCCUGCGCUGCAACGGCAUCCCUGUGCCCGAGGUGUAUGGAUACUCGUCGGAGAGCAAUCCUGCUGGUGUGGAAUAUAUCGCUAUGGAAAAGGCACCGGGUGUCGGUCUAGAGCGUAGAUGGUCAAGUAUGAGCAAACGCGAGCGACACUAG